CGCCAAACGAUCUCACCUUGCUUGCUUGGGUUUGAACCUCCCACUUACUUACUGUGCCCUGAUCAGCCCGACGAUACAACAGAGACCCUCUCGAUUGGAAUCUAGUCGAAAGGAGCCGUUAGCAGAUAUUACACAGUCCUUUCUCCAACAAAACUUUAGUUUCCUCACCGUUUAUUCCCCCUUCACCCAUUGGAAGUGUUUCGUGUACCUCCCUCCGCAUUUGCGCCCUCGAUUCAUCAACCCGAUUUCAAACUCGCCGCGCCUGACGAUCGACGGACCCUCCAGCCAAGCUUGCAUCGUUAACGAAAAGGAUUACUGCUCGGCUUGCAAGUCAUAAAACCGUAACCUCCGUUCCGAUCUCUGUCGAACAAGAAAAGAUACGCCCAUCAUGAUGCCAGCGGCGCACGUCUACGGACACCACCAAUUCAACCCUCAGGGAGGAGACUCGGCAUGGAUGCACCAGCAGCCUGGCGCGCAUCACGCCCAUACCCAGCAGCAACAACAACAGGUGGCCGCUGCAGCCGCCGCCGCCGUUCAGCAGCAGCAGCAGCAGCACUUCAACCGUCUUGCUGGCGCGGGUCAACUCCCCGGCCACGGUCAGGAUGCCGAUCACAGCAAUGUCUCGGAGGACAACCGGCGUACCAUGGCCUUCAUCGCCGAUCUUCUCAACGAGAACACUCGGGAGGCUGCUUUGUUGGAACUUAGUAAGAAGCGCGAACAGGUCCCUGAGUUGGCCCUCAUAUUGUGGCAUUCAUUCGGUGUCAUGACCUCCCUCCUCCAAGAGAUCAUUUCAGUCUAUACUCUUCUUAACCCAUCUCAGCUUACUGCAGCUGCCUCGAACAGAGUGUGCAAUGCUCUUGCCCUCCUCCAAUGCGUAGCUUCUCACAAUGAUACAAGGACCCUGUUCCUCAAUGCACACAUUCCUCUGUUCCUCUACCCCUUUCUUAACACCACUUCCAAAUCUCGGCCUUUCGAGUACCUCCGGCUUACGAGCCUGGGUGUUAUCGGUGCGCUCGUCAAGAAUGACUCGUCCGAAGUCAUCAACUUCCUCUUGACCACGGAGAUUAUUCCUCUCUGCUUGCGCAUCAUGGAGACAGGUUCGGAACUUAGCAAGACCGUAGCCAUCUUCAUCGUUCAGAAGAUCCUUUUGGACGACAACGGCCUGAACUACAUCUGUGCCACAUACGAGCGUUUCUAUGCUGUUGGUACGGUCCUCAGCAACAUGGUUGCUCAACUUGUCGAGUCACAGACCGCUCGUCUCCUUAAGCACGUUGUCAGGUGCUUCCUUCGCUUGAGUGACAACGCUCGCGCUCGUGAGGCUCUGCGACAGUGCCUUCCUGAGCCACUCCGUGAUGCCACUUUCUCGUCCGUUCUCCGUGAUGACGCAGCGACUAAGCGAUGCCUUGCCCAGCUGCUUAUCAACCUAUCGGACAACGUCGCGGAUCCUAACUCUGGUGGUGUGUCCAGCAUGUAAGAGCGGAGAGACUAAUAUCGGGACGGCUACGCAACCUCCCGUUGUGACAAUACAUACCCCUUGUGCAUUGAUACGGCGAUUCAUGAAGGACGGGCAAUUUUUAUUUUUAUGAUAUUCUGGGAAAAGCGAAGGGAUCAAAAGCAUAUUGCAUCGUUGAUACCCGCAACCCCUCCGGCUCGAAGCGCCGAGAGAAGUCCAGAGCUCCAGCAGAGCAACUGGAGCGACUUUUCUUACAACGCCGCUGACGGUUAUGGGACUUGCAUUCUGUUUCACAUACCUCGGAACUGGGUAAAUGAGGCUUCUAUCGAUCUGCCACAGAUCAGUAAGGCGUGGCGCAUCGUUCUUCUUACAUAGCUUUUCCAUCUAGCAAUCUUGGCUGCUCAAUGACCGAGCUUGAGACGGAUAGGAAGGACACUUUUGAAACGGGCUCAGUCUAAACAUACGAAGGAAGAUCUAUGGGUGGUUACUAAGGGGGGUUCAUGUAACAGGUAUAGGGAUAGCUAGCUGACUGCCGGCUGGAGAGGCGCUGGAUAGACUUGGGCGGAGGCACAUGGAAAGUCUUUAACAUGCCUGGUUUGGUGGUGUUUGGCGUUGGAUGGUGCAUCAGAGACACGGUGUUGGUCAGGUUUAGGGGUAUAUAUUGUAGGAAUUGCAGCUUUAUAAAAGAUGUGUUCAAAGUUGAUAUCAGUGAUGCUUGAGAGGAAACGCGGAGUAUAAGUCAUC